AUGGCUGCUGUGUGGUCAAAAACUUUUGUCCCACCUGGUGCCAGGCAAUUGGAGCAUCUAAAAGAAAAUAUCAAUGACAAUUCGGUAAGCAUGACAUUGUUCUGCGCUUGAAUAUUAUCCUUUUGGAUUUGGACGUCUUUUCUGAAUAAUUUCAACCAAUUUUUCUUGUUUAUGAUUGGGUUUGGACUAUUUUGAUUGAUAUUUGAUUAUUGUUUUAGCUUUACUACUUCAAGCACUACGACUCCAACGACACUCAAGCUUUUCGGACACGGAAGAGGACUGAUCUUACACUCGACGUCUCUUGGAACUCGGAAAGCGAGAUUGCCUUCUACCGCGAUGGAAUCCCACAUUCUGACGAUUCUGGAUUGAUUCAUCAAGGUACUCAAACAGACAUGGGCCUUUGUUUUGACGAUAAGCAUCAACAUCUUGUGAACUAUUGUGUAAGUUGGUUUUCAAAGUGUUGUUUAGGUGUAAUUUUAGGUAUGUGAUGGUUUGGGCAGCGUAUUUUGUCUAUAUGUGUGGAUGUUGCGAUAGAUUGGGUAACAUCUAGGGUUUUAUAAUGCAAAAAAGUAUUGUUAAUGUUGUAGUGUCGCCUAAUAUCUUGAUUUAAAUUGUUUAGCUAGGCAAGGCUUUAUUUUAGUUGGUUCCGAUCACAUCUACACUGUCUCCAACUUCUGACUACUCGUCUCCAACUUCCCCGAACACCUUCCAGUUUCCAUCUCCGGCUCUUCCAGUCUCUCCAUCGACCCGCACCAAACAGGUAUUCGACUUUAAUUUGAACUCGUCGGCUGCCAACUUUGCCAACAAAACUUUGCUAAACGACAGCCGAAAGAAGCACCAGAAUACUUUCUGUGGAUUUUGCUACAACAAUGCGAGAGUUAAUGUAGGUAUUUUGGCGGUUUUUACUUAUUCAUAUUGUUAUAGAUAAAUGUUUUUGGUUCAUGGUGUUUUUGUUGUUUAUAACGUAUGUAAUUGUUUUUGGACUAUUUCUAAUAGAAACUUGAUAUUAUUUUAAAUCUUUGCAAUUAAAAUUAUCUUUUCCAGGGAAUCGAUGUUUCUGGGCCAGGUCGUUGGUCGGAGCACAAUCUUCGUGAUGUGGAUGGCAGAGUAACCUGUCCUUGUCUUCGUAUGUUUCAAUGUCCUCUGUGUGGCGCGUCCGGCGAUCAGGCUCAUACUCAACGUCAUUGUCCCAAAAGAAACCGUGAAUAG